AUGCAGCAGCAAAAGCGGCUGUUGACAAGCUACCUGCUGUGGCUGAACCCUGUCUUCCCUGCGCACCACUUGUACAUGGACCGGCUAGCGCAUGCGCUGAUUGCCUUCUGGACCUUGAACUUCCUGGGGGUUGGCUGGAUCUUGGACGGCUUCUUGAUGCGCUUUUACGUUCGCGGCUUCAACAGCCAGCGGUGUUCCCCGGACGCCCCUUACGACGACAGCCGGAAGAAACUGCUCUGCCGGCUGCCUCUGUGCUUCGUGGGCCUCCUGCUUCUUGGGCUCACGACCAUAGUGUACAUCCCUACCAUCUUGCACCGCUUCCAGGUGGUUGACAUCGACCGCAUUGCAGCGCAGACGCAGGUCAACCCCUACGAACUCUUGGAGAUCUCCCAGUCUGCCUCCUUGCAAGAGGCAAAGGCAGCCUAUCGCAGCAAGAGCUUACAAUGGCAUCCAGACCGGAAUCCGGGGUGUGGCAAAGAAUGCGACGACAAGAUGUCCGAGAUCACCAAGGCCUACGACCUGAUCAAGAAGCGCCGCGCGCCUGCACCUCCAGAUCGCACUUGGGAAGGUUGGCUCCAGGACCUGGCACAGGACUGGAAGCACAUCUUUGAGGUCAUCGGGCAGAACAAGGGCAAGAAAGACGAGUGA